CACCACUCGCGGACCGUUUCUCCCGUCCGCCGACAGCCCGUAGCCACUGCGCGCGGGGACUCCAGCAAUGGCUCUCACGCAGGCACUGUCAGCGAGGAGGCUGGCCGCAGUGUGGGCGGUGGCGGCGGCGGCGCUGCUGUGCGGCCUGGUGGUGGGAGCGCCCGCUGCCUCAGACGACGACUACACGGACGAGAACAGGCCCUACGAGUUCGGAUUCGUCAUCGAGGGGCAGCAGCAUCGCCACGAGAAGAAAGAUGAGAGAGGCAUCAUCAUGGGAGAGUUCGGCUUCAUCACGGCGGACGGAGUCUACCACGUGACGGUGUACGCCACGGACGAGAACGGGGACUUCAAGAUCAUCAGCAUGAAGAACAUCCGCCUCGGACCGCCUCUGGACCAGAUGCGCACGGCGCCGCGCGCCAGCACGACAGCGCGCCCUGUGACGCAGCCGCCGGCGCCGGCAGCAGCGGCGCGCACCUCGACGGCCCCCGCAGCCCCCGGCUCCACCAGGACGUCGGUCAGGCUGGACGGCGUCAACGGCUGCAGCGGCUGCCUCAUCCCCACCACCACGGCUGCCACCCCUCCGGCCAUCGGCUCUGAGCUGCAGCCUCCGUUCGUUGGAGGUCCCCCAUCCGCUGGAGCACCUGGAAGACCUAGUCCCGCAUCCGUUGGAACACUUCGGCAACCUGGAGGCGUCGGCGGUGGUUUCAGCACAGGAGACAGAACUGCCAGUGGCUUCGGUGGUGGCCAAGGCGGCGGAGCCGGAGGCGGCGUCCAAGAUCGCAUUGGGGGUGGCAUCGCAGAUCGUACUGGUGGGAGCUUCGGAGGUGGGGCUCCAGGUAGUGCUGUAGGCGGCGGCGUCGGCAUCACUAGGGCUCCUGUGGCAGGUGGCAGUGCCGGUAGCUUUGGGGGCGGUGCUGGAGGCGCUGGGAGUGUCGACAGAGGAGACGGUGGGAGCGGCUUCGGAGGGCAGCGCCCUGGCCUGCCAAGGCAGCCAACUAUCGGUACAGCAGCUCAGCCCGGCAGACCUUCCCAACCAGUGGGGCAGCAGCCGGCUUUCGGAGCGAGGCCAUUCGCCGUCCCAGCACAGACGCCCUCGGGAGUUGGCGGCGCUCCUGGCCAGCAGGCGACAGGCCCAGCUUCCGCUCGGCCAGGGCCGCAGAACGCUGGUGCCCCAUUUGGAACCGCUGGUGCCCCAUUUGGAACCGCUGGUGCCCCAUUUGGAACCGCUGGUGCCCCAUUUGGAACCGCCGGUGCCCCAUUUGGAGGUGAGGCGUCGCCUCCGGGCACUCAGCAGCAAGGCGGCGAGCGCCCGACCGCGUUCGGUGGGCGGCCAUCCUCCGGCCCUGGAGCUGCCGGUGGUGGCGUCCCAGCCCCAAGUGGCGGACUGGGUGUUCCGCCUGGAGAGCCCGUCAGGGACGGACUCCCGCCGGGAGUCACCAUGCAGGACGUUAUGGAUGCCCUGCUCUACAGGUUCAACUACACGCUGCCGUACCACGGCCACAACGAGGAGGGCUACCGCAGCGGCAACAAGGUUGGCGGCUACUUUGCGGACGGCCGCGACGGCGUCGGCCGCAACGUAAAGUACCUGGCCAACGAGUUCGGCUACCAGCCCAACAUCACGCUGGUCGACCUGCGGCCCGACCAGGCCCACACCGAGGAGGACGAGCGCAACGCGCCGCUGCUCGGAUACAAGUUCGAGUGGCUCUACUGAACACCCCCCUCCAAGCAGCCGCUCUCACUGCAAGACACUCUGCCUCAGACAGCGAUCCAUACAACCCCUUCACCGUAGCUACAUUGCAGAUGCGAUCUAUCUGCACGCAUUUCUAUUGUAAUGAAUCAUCCCACCAUUUACACAGGGUGUUUCACAAUUCAUACUACACACUUCUAGGGGUUCUAGAGGGAACUUAGUAGAUCAAGUUUUACCUAGGAACUCAUGUCCGGAAACGUCAAAACUAUAGACACCGGCACCUGUGAAUGUGUGUACGUACAUAGUGAUUCGUUGAUGACGUAACCAACUUUUUAGGGUGAUGGAGAAGGAUAAAUGUGUCAGUCUGAGGUAAGGGUCGUAAGAUAUAAGGGAAAAUCAUUCUGAUACCUCUGGGAUUGGAAACACAUGUACAGUUACUGUUGUUGUUAAGAUUAUAGACUAGACCACUUUCAAAGGUAGUAGCAUGGACCAAAACAAGGAAGAAAUAUUCAGUAAACGUGGUCAUUGAAAUUUAUAUCUGAGAACCUAUGAGAACUUGUUCAUCUUCGCGACUGUGAAAUACCUCUCCUAUUUUGAACAAGUGCUCAUAACUCUGACGGAAUGCAUUUUUGACCUCAUGUCCACUGGAGGUUUUUCUUCUUUUGGUCCCUACUACUACCAAGGAAGGUGGCCUACCCUACAAUCUUCGCAACAAUAGUACAAGUACAUGUAUUACAUUGACAGAGGUAUCAAAAAGGUUUUCCCCUAUAACUUUCGACGCGUUCGUUUCCUGUACAGGGACCCUCACAUCAAAGUGAUACAUUUUUCCUUCUCCUUCGUCCUAGAAAGUUUGUAAGAUCAUCACAGAAUCAUUCUGUGCAGGCAUACAUUUACAGGCACUUGCGCGUUUAACUUUGACACUCUGUAGCGUCGUUGGGUAACGUUUCCGGACGUGGGUUCCCAUGUGAAACUUGAACUAUUAAGUCCCCUCUACAACCUCUAGAAGUGUGUAAAAUGAAUUCUGAAACAUCCUGUAGAAUACCACAACUUCUCAUUGUUUUUCUCUGUUUAUCACCAGUAUUUCUAACGGUUGUUGUUCAACCAUAUUACACAGUAUCACACGCCAUAACAUGACUAAUUAUCAUAAAGGUUUAGUCAUCACUUCGGAAGGUAAAGUUAGGCAAUUAAUUAUUCUUUGUUUGCAGCUACGCGUGUGUUAUCCUGAUACAUCGUAAUCUCGGCGCCACAGUACCGCAGGACGCAUAGUAUAAGCAAAACAUAACGGCGCAGCACAUUGAUAUAGUGGAGAAUCGUGCGAUAGUUCGUUUACGGCAUUUGAAGCGAAAUAACACUGCAACAGAAAAAUUGCGUCAAGAUUUCCGUAGGUGUCUGGAUUGGCCUAAGACACUGAAACAUUUCUGCUGCUGUCGAAAACGAAUUACCACGCGAUACUCCACUGAAUCAAUGGUCUGCGCCAUUUGGUUUAGCCUGCUCUGGGGUGAUAGACUACAGUGGUGGGGAGCGUACCUGCAAACAAGCAAAUAUUUAAUUACGUAACUUCAUGAAUACCCUUCGUAUAAUGACUUUGAUAUCAGUCUUGUGACUGGUUUCGUGCAAUUCUCUACACCUCCUCCUUCUUUGACAGACUCUUCGUCACUUAGUAGCAGUUACAACUAAUAUACUGAAUUAUUUCUUGUAUAUAUUCGAAUCUCUGUCUCUCCCUAUAAGUUUUCCCUCUGUUGUCCGCUCUACUAACAUGCAAAUUAUUCCAUGCCCUAAGAUUCUCGUUCUAGUUACAUUUUUUUCCAUAUAGUCCUAUCCUCGUCGAUUUUGCACAGAAUCGCCACAUUUAUUACCUCAUCAUCAUCAUAAUCACAUCAUCUUCAUCAUCGUCAUAAUCAUCGGGGCUGCUUUCAGCUGCCCAGGUAGGAUGUUACCUAAGCAAUUUGCCUCCACCUCCUACUAUUGCUAGCUUUCCUUUCUCACCACGGCAUCUUAUUGUCUUUACUUUCCCUUCAACGCCUUCUUUAGUCUCGUCGAGCAACCUCUUUCAUGGACGUCCAAGUUGUUUUGUCUUGGCGCGUUCCUUUCCACCAACCAAUGAGGGUAUACGAUGGUGUGCAUCCGCGUUGAGCUCCCUGUAGCUAAUUCCAUGGUCUACAGCAACUAACUUACCAGACCGGCUAUUUUCAGCUUCCUUCUGUAUUACCAGAUAUCAAAUGCACGGAUUACCUUCUCUUCAUGGUCCACUUCCAUACUUACAAUUAACUCAUCUCACCACCUUCCAUUCCAUCGACGGACCCAAUGUCUCCACUCUCUCACUUUCUUGCUGUAUUACCAUUCGAAUAUCACCACACUGUCAAAAUAUUUUCUCAGAAACUCAAUGAGCGUUGCUAGAAUACACGUUACUUCCUCUUCAUUUCAUAUCUUUACCACUGCGUUGCUCCACAAUGAAUCUUUCACCCUGCAGGAGUGUGUGUGUGUGUGUGUGUGUGUGAGAGAGAGAGAGAGAGAGAGAGAGAGAGAGAGAGUGAGAGUGAGAGUGAGAGAGUGUUCAUGCUGUAAUGAAACUUUACGAGAUGGGAAAACCGUGAGCUGCGUCGGGGUUUCGAAUCGUAAACUUUACCAUUGGCCGACAAGGUUCUUAAUCACUGAACAACUCAGGCACGCCUCAUGAAAUGUUUCAAGGAUUCAGUACCAGUAACAUUUACCGAAUUACCAAAUUGCACAGAAUCUCUCCUACCCUCUUGAAAACUGUGCCCUCGUGGAGUAUGUGUUAGCCAGACCGCGAUGAUUGGUUUCAGGAUGGUUCUUUCACCCUGGCGACGAAUGUACGCUGCAAAAAAUUCAGAACAAGAACAAGUUAUAGAUCCUCUGACGUAAUCAAUUUAAGUUUGCAGUAAACGCAGAUAAUGGUCUACACUUCGCUACAGAGUGAAAGAUUAAAUUUUCAAACAAAAACAGCAUUCGCCUGCCAUUUCCUGUCCCUUAGGAUUGCUAGUCAAAGAAUGCUUGGUGUCUUUAGAUAUCACGAGAUAUGUGCUCGAAGACUGUGCAAUUGAAGAGUGCCUGGUUGGAGCACUUCCUUGUUGCUAAAAAUGUUUCGUUCUUUUCUGAAAAGAGAUUCAUUUCAUUAUCAAUUUAACAACUUCGACUUCAAAGUAGCUUUCUUGCUCACUACUAAUUACAAAAUCCCACUCUCGAUAACCUGUCUUUAUACAAGCAUUAUUUCCAAUCUUUCUUGUUACUCUCGUUUAUAAAUAAUUUAAAGUUUCCCUCGUAUCAUAUCUAAUUACCUGUAUGGAGAGGGAAAACGCUCUAAGACUUCGAUAAGUACAAACGCAACUCCUUAUUUUAAAAGCUAUUGCUAUUUUAUUUCAUAUCAUGUGGACUGCCCUGCGUUCACCGCACUUUGUGUUCGCAGAAAUUAUAAAAGUGCAAGAAUACGGACUAUACGCCAAAUCUACAAGCAAUCUUAGAGCAAGAGACGUUGUCUUGCUUGCCAGCUUUGGUAAACACGAAUCAUUUGUUGAUAUGAUGAUACUGAA